CCGGCUGCGACCCGGUCCGCUCGCUGAGGAUCCUCCCGGCCGCCUGCGCGUUCCCUCAGGCAGCAGACCCAGUCUCCGGCCCCGGGCUCGCUGGCUGCGGGAGUGGCCUCAAGAUGGAUGAAGACGGCGGUGGCGAAGGCGGCGGCGUGCCUGAAGACCUCUCAUUAGAAGAGAGAGAAGAACUCCUAGACAUUCGUCGAAGAAAAAAGGAACUUAUUGAUGACAUUGAGAGACUGAAAUAUGAAAUUGCAGAAGUGAUGACAGAGAUCGACAAUCUAACUUCUGUAGAGGAGAGCAAAACUACUCAGAGGAACAAACAAAUAGCUAUGGGAAGAAAGAAAUUCAACAUGGAUCCCAAAAAGGGAAUUCAGUUUCUAAUAGAAAAUGACCUGCUACAGAGUUCCCCAGAAGACGUCGCCCAGUUCCUGUAUAAAGGAGAAGGCCUAAAUAAGACUGUCAUUGGGGACUAUCUAGGGGAAAGGGAUGAAUUUAAUAUUAAAGUUCUUCAAGCUUUUGUGGAACUCCAUGAGUUUGCUGAUCUCAACCUCGUACAAGCCUUAAGGCAGUUCUUGUGGAGCUUCAGGCUUCCGGGGGAGGCUCAGAAAAUUGAUCGCAUGAUGGAGGCUUUCGCUGCUCGAUACUGCCUGUGCAACCCCGGGGUCUUCCAGUCCACAGACACGUGCUAUGUGCUGUCAUUUGCAAUCAUCAUGCUCAACACCAGCCUGCACAACCACAAUGUGCGUGACAAGCCCACAGCAGAGCGGUUCAUAACUAUGAACCGCGGCAUCAAUGAGGGCGGGGACCUCCCUGAAGAGCUACUAAGGAAUUUGUAUGAAAGUAUUAAGAAUGAACCAUUUAAAAUCCCAGAGGAUGAUGGGAACGACUUGACACACACCUUCUUCAACCCCGACCGGGAGGGCUGGCUCCUGAAGCUGGGAGGGCGUGUGAAGACCUGGAAGCGCCGGUGGUUCAUCCUGACAGAUAACUGCCUGUAUUAUUUUGAAUACACGACAGAUAAGGAGCCCAGGGGAAUCAUCCCGUUGGAAAAUCUCAGCAUCAGGGAAGUGGAAGACCCCAGGAAACCUAACUGUUUUGAGCUUUAUAAUCCAAGCCACAAAGGGCAGGUCAUCAAAGCUUGUAAAACGGAAGCUGAUGGCCGUGUGGUGGAAGGGAACCAUGUGGUGUACCGGAUCUCUGCCCCAAGCCCUGAGGAGAAGGAGGAGUGGAUGAAAUCCAUCAGGUCCAACACCUUCCAGAGGCAGGCUACUGAGUAACCUACUGAAAGGUCAGAAUCCUGAUGCCUGCAGAAGAAAAAGUCGGAAUUCAAACCACCAAGAAAACAAAACCAGCUCAAACAAGCCUUGAUACUUGGCUAUCAUACCCCCUUACUGAGGAUAUUCAUUGUAUAAACAGGGUACAAUUCUUAUCUAAUUAACAAUAUGUUGUUUGCUUUUACUAUAAUAAUUUAAAAUUGGGAUCAUAAAUUCACCAACUUUAAGUCUCUCAACACUCACUCCUCCUACUUGCCUUUAGCACUGUCAGGAGCUAAGGUUGUGGGCCAACCUUUUGCUAGCUUUUCCAGAAACCAGCAUCUGAGGGAAAAAAUAGUAUUGUUGCCAUAUGUCUCAGGCACACAGGAGGAAAGGAGACUUGUGGUUUCCUUUUCCUAAAUGCAAGAUCUAACAAUUAAGUUUGUGAACUCAUCCUAUAAAAAGUGAUACAUACCUCAUCGCUCAAUUAUCGCCAAUGGUCACCAGAUGGCCAAGGGGAGUACUUUGAAAGUAAUUGUAGUGAUAAUUCAGCAAUGAGGUAUGCAGCAUGUUUUCUAGGAUUAGUUCAUGAAUUGAAUUGGUAUGACAACAGUUCUGAUGGCUAUACCAGACAAAGAGUACCACAACUACUUUGACGGGUGGCAUAGCCACUAGCAAUGGUGCCUAGCUUCCCAAGGAGAGUACCCCGAAGGUACUGGGCAGGCAGGCAAACGGCAAGCACAGUGCCCUCCAUCGCCGGCCCACCUCACAGUCACCACAUGUGAAGAAAAUAUAACAGAUACAAAAACACAACUACAUCUGACAAGCAAGAAUGUUAACACCAAUUCUGUCAAAGACUUAUGACUUUUCAUUUACAGAACACAGCAUACUUAACUCCUGAAAGUGUUAUAAAGCAUUAACCAAAAAUGACAGUAUCAUUUUGAGAAAUGAGAUUGUUAGACAUUUAACAAUACCAUGAAAUUAAGAUACAGCUUAAAAGCAGAGAUAAUUUUUACAAAUAGGUAAAAAUACUGAAAUCACAAAACUCACAGAGACGAAAAAUACAAAUCAAACAAAUGUAACUAUGACCUUCAAUCCACGAGCUCCUAAGCCAGGCCACGUGAGCAGACACGGGAACAGAACGUGUGUGAAUGUGGUAAGGAUGGCGUGAGCUCCUCCUGCCCAGCACCAGG